GUCGCGCCGCGCCCGUAGCCAGCUACGCUCGUAGCGCCGUAGCACCGUAGCACCGCUACGAACGUGACGUACGUACUAUAUUUAUAAACAAGUGCUGUAUUGUGAAUGUGGAAGUGAGUUUACGGGAGUUUUGUAACUUACAUCACGAUGUCCCUGGUUCCUCCGGGGGGUGCGGACUCCCCCAGUCCGCGACGCGCAGUCAGUCCCCUGCUAGAGAUGCGCAGACCCCACUGCACGCUCGCCUGUGACUACUGCGCAGCUAUAUUGGAGGAUAAGUUUAAACGGAGCGCCGAUAUGCGCAACCGAGGCACAUCGCCGCUGUCAGCGUCACCGCGCCAGUCCCUGACCGGGGAGCCACCCUGGACCCUCCCGGAUGACGACCGACCCGACUUCUCAGCACUCAAGGAAAAUAUACAGAGGAUUAACAAGGACUGCGAAACAUCAACAAGGCUGGACAUGCUGCUGACACAAGUGGAACAGUAUGCUAACAACCUGGAGGCGCUGGUGGAGGAGAGGACCUCCGACUACCUGGAGGAGAAGAGGAAGUGUGAGGAACUUCUGUACCAGCUGUUGCCGAAGUCCGUAGCCUCCCAACUAAUAAUGGGUCAGCCUGUCAUGGCGGAGACAUAUGACCAGGUGACAAUCUACUUCAGCGACAUCAUCGGCUUCACCCAGCUGUCAGCGGAAUCCACGCCCCUAGAGGUCGUUGACCUCCUCAAUGAUCUGUAUACCAGCUUCGAUUCCAUUAUUGAGAAUUUCGAUGUUUAUAAGGUGGAAACCAUAGGCGACGCCUACAUGGUGGUAUCCGGGCUGCCGAUGCGCAAUGGCAACCGUCACGCCGCAGAGAUCGCGCGCAUGUCUCUCGCGUUACUCAACGCGGUGCGCGUGAAGACCGUGCCUCAUCGACCUGGAGAGCGCCUGUUGUUGAGGAUUGGUAUGCAUACAGGACCUUGCGUGGCAGGAGUGGUAGGACUCAAAAUGCCUCGAUAUUGCCUCUUCGGAGACACAGUCAACACAGCGUCAAGGAUGGAGUCCCAUGGAGAGGCCCUGAAGAUCCAUGUCAGCCCGAAGACCAAAGAGGUUCUGGAUCUAUAUGACUGCUUCGAACUGGAGUGCAGAGGAGAAAUCACUAUGAAGGGCAAAGGAAAAAUGACGACAUUUUGGCUGAUAGGUGAAAAGAAGCCAGAAAACCAAGAGUGUUACUACACACAAACGAAUCACGCGCAAGCCACAUUGGUGAACAACCCGAGCAUCACCUUUCAGGGUCCCGACAGCCCUGCAUCCCAUUCGCUGACACAAAGUCAUAGUCCUGAACAAAAUAUCCCAGAAACCAAAGAAAAUCACAGACCACUCGAAAUCCAAAGCGAGAGAGAUCGCAUCAAACACGAGAUAGCUACAUUCGUUGCAAAGGACUUGAUAAACAACAUUGAUAUCGCUGUGAGAGAAUUUCGAAAAUCGCAAAGCGCGAAUUUUGCUUCACACGCAAACAAUAAGCCAUUAUGCAAUGGGAAUGGUAAAGGCCUAAUAACACCAACGUAUGAUAAGGAACUCGUUAUCAGCAAAGGUAAGGUCCGUGACGUUGUGAACAGAUUCAACAACUCUGUAAACGAGGGUAAUAAGUGCACGAAAAUGAAAAUUAAAAACGAAGACUGAACUGAGAGGAAUGAAACGCUUAUUGUCUUUCCCGGCCCGGUCUAAACAGAUUUUAAUACUUUAGAAGUGUUUAUAGAGAUACUUACUUAAAGAAA